AUGUUUUCUAUACUCUUACCUUUUCUCUCUUUCUUUAUCUUCUCACUCUUUUCUUUCUUUCCCAUUCCUACUUUAAGUCUUCUUUCUUUCCCAUUCCUACUUUGUCCUUUUUUUUUAACGAAGUCUUCUUUCUUUCCCAUUCCUACUUUGUCCUUUUUUUUUUUAACGAAGUCUUCUUUCUUUCCCAUUCCUACUUUGUCCUUUUUUUUAACGAAGUCUUCUUUCUUUCCCAUUCCUACUUUUGUCCUUUUUUUUUUAACGAAGUCUUCUUUCUUUCCCAUUCCUACUUUGUCCUUUUUUUUAACGAAGUCUUCUUUCUUUCCCAUUCCUACUUUGUCCGCUUUUUUUUUAACGAAGUCUUCUUUCUUUCCCAUUCCUACUUUUGUUUUUUUUUUUAACGAAGUCUUCUUUCUUUCCCAUUCCUACUUUGUCCUUUUUUUAACGAAUCUUCUUUCUUUCCCAUUCCUACUUUGUCCUUUUUUUUUUAAGGAAGUCUCUUUUCUUUCCCAUUCCUACUUUGUCCUUUUUUUUUUAACGAAGUCUUCUUUCUUUCCCAUUCCUACUUUGUCCUUUUUUUUAAAGAAGUCUUCUUUCUUUCCCAUUCCUACUUUUCUUCUUUCUUUCCCAUUCCUACUUUGUCCUUUUUUUUUUAACGAAGUCUUCUUUCUUUCCCAUUCCUACUUUGUCCUUUUUUUUAACGAAGUCUUUUUUCUUUCCCAUUCCUACUUUGUUUUUUUUUUAACGAAGUCUCUUUUCUUUCCCAUUCCUACUUUGUCCUUUUUUUUAACGAAGUCUUCUUUCUUUCCCAUUCCUACUUUGUUUUUUUUUUUUAACGAAGUCUUCUUUCUUUCCCAUUCCUACUUUGUCCUUUUUUUUAACGAAGUCUUCUUUCUUUCCCAUUCCUACUUUGUCCUUUUUUUUAACGAAGUCUUCUUUCUUUCCCAUUCCUACUUUGUCCUUUUUUUUUAA